AUGUCCAACGCGGCCUCCCUUCUAGGUCUCGACGUUCCAAAGAAGGAAGAGGUCGCCACCUUUGAAGCCUAUGUGCCUGCAUUCGACCCCGGGAGGAUUCGUGGCCGCCCGAGUUCGUUUAUCAGUAUCGAAACGAGUGGCACGAGUGAUGCAGACGCUUUGCUGCCUGGGAGCUGGCCGUCGCGCGUCUUUACUUCUGGCGGAUCCUCAGCGGCCAUGAGUCAAGCAGAACUAGUGGAGGCAAAGAGAAAGCACGACGAGUGGUAUUGUGAAUGGCCUCCGUUGACAGACGACCCUAUCGAGCACGUUUGGCCGCCGAACGAGAUUAAUCCCAUCCUCACAAACUGCAGCAUCAGACUCGACUGGGAUGUUCUCGAGGACCCAUCUCAUGCAGACCUUCGUCCAGGCUUACCAUCUAAUUGCUUUCGCGACCAACGGUAUUCACCAGCAUUGACCCCGCUGGUCAAGCAGAUUUACAUCGUCAUCAAUGUAUUCGACAUUGUAAACGUUCUACCCCCUUAUCCUAUCAUCACCGUCACUGCCGCCAAGGACGCAGUCACUUGUUGGGACGUCCUACUGGCCAUCCAGAGCUACGUUGCCACAGAGGUCACCCAAAACGUAUUUGAUAGUUUCACCGAGGCGCGUCAAAAGGCAGUUCAAAUGAAUUUCAAGUACAAUAGAAGCGCAGCGAGACAUUUGACCACCCGUACACUCGGUCAAAAACUCCAAAUCGGAGAUCUAUUGGGAGAUCAAACCAAGUUCAAGUCGCUAAGCGAAGAUCAAGCGCUCGUAGAGCGUAUACUCGCCGAAACGGCUCCAGGAACUCACGCAGCAGGGUUUGGUCUUACGAUAGGUGGAUUCGUCAAGACCCUCGUGCUUGAUCUUCAAAUGAGGGAGAACCUGAAAUCUCCGUUUUCAGCCCACCCAAACCUCGACAACGGUUCUACGGUGUUUGUAGACGUCGCCAACGUCGAAUUCAAGAUUACGGAUCGCCAGCCGAGUCCUUUCAAACCUAUUGCAAUGCUGGACCAGGAAUACACGUUGGAGCAGCUCAUGAAAUUGCGGCCAGCGGUGGAUCUCACUGGUCUCGUCACCAUAUCCCUCGCGGGCUCGCGAGGACAUGGCGGGUUUGCGACCGUACUAUCUGGAGAGUAUAUAGGGGAAACGGCAAGCCGUACAUUGUCACUUUUAUAUCCGUCUCACAGUCCUCAGGUAGCGAUUAAAGUCCUACGUUUCUCAAAGAGUAGGAACAGCAAGCCAUAUAUCUAUGAACGACCACUUGAGCGCCGAACCCUGCGUGAAAUCAACGUGUGGGCGGCGCUUUCUCAUCCUCAUAUUCUACCCUUUUACGGAUUCACGACUGACCACGGCGAUUUUCCUUCAAUGGUCUCCCCUUGGUGCGAGCAUGGAAACGCAUUCGACUAUUUAAGACGCGAUGAGGGCGUGUCGUUUGAAGAGCGUUUCCGACUGACUCAACAAGUUGCAUCCGGCAUCCAAUAUCUUCACGACCUUAAGAUCGUUCACGGUGAUAUCAAACCGAGGAACGUUCUAAUAGACAGCCAACAUAAUGCGCUCGUUGCCGAUUUUGGUCUCGUGCGCUUGGACGAAUGGCAAGGUGCUCGUGGAAUGACGACAACUUCUAUAUUCACGGGCUCGGAGAGGUACAUAGCUCCCGAGCUCGUCGUAACUCGUAGCAAUCCGAACCCGAAAGCUACCAAGGAGAGCGACAUUUGGGCUCUUGGCUGCGUUACAAUGGAGUUUGUGGAGAAUAUUGAACCGUAUCGAGAUGUCCCGAACCACCUGUUGAAAGAGACGAUUCUGGACGGCGAGAAGCCGGCAGCUCAGGGAGAAGGUGAAAACGUACUUGCGGAUACCGAUUCACCGUUCUGGGAUCUUCUCAGGAGUUGCUGGGAGCACGAACCCAAGGAGCGGCCGCGUAUACUGGACAUUCGGCAUCAGCUACACGCGAUUGCGGAGAAUUUGGGUUUCAACUGGAAGGACGAAGUGAUGAGAGGGAUGUCAGCUUCAUGA